CGUCUUUUUCUUUUCUGCAUUCGCUACAGGUGCAGCGUUUGUGGACUGCUUGUCUAUGCGAGGAGGAGGAGCGGGGAGAAAUUGAUAUCGGCUCCCUGCUUGCUACUUUUCUACGGCAUGGCAUUCUACUAUGCAUUACAAUGGCUCGACAUAUUCUCAAUCACUGAUACUCCCAGCAAAAUGCAGCAAAGAAGGAAGGCCAUGCGGUGUCUUGUGUGCCAGUGUCCUCAGGCUAUAUCCUCCGCACUACGGACUGGCUGUCUGGGCUACGCAGCGCAAUUUUCACCCUCACCCUCCCCGUCUACAUGGGAUGGAGAAUAACUGACUCUAUUGGUUCCUGAGGGCGCUGUACGUUAUGAAGGGAGAUCUCACGAUGUCGAAAGAAAAGUAGAAUUCGUCUGGUUUCACAGUAUUCGAAGUCCCCGGAGUCGGCAUUGGAACC